AAACCUAUAUACGCAAAAGAGAGCUAUCUUGUGUUAAUUAGGCUUUUAAUUUGACUGAAGUUCAGUUGAACUAUGGCAGUGACAAUAAUUAAGGUCUUAUGUGUUGUGGUGACUUGCAUGGUGUUCUCGGCACCCUAUGCAGAGGCUGCUAUUACCUGCGGUCAGGUGGUGAGCAAGAUGUUGCCAUGCCUAGCCUACCUGAGGACCGGUGGUGCAGUGCCACCACCAUGUUGCAGUGGUCUUAAGAGUCUGAAGGCUGCCACUCAAGCAACCCCCGACCUCAAGACUGCGUGUGGUUGCCUGAAAACUGCUUAUACACAAUAUGCUGGCAUCAAUCCUAGCAUUGCCGUCGGCCUUCCAGCAAAGUGUGGUGUUAAUCUUCCUUUUAAGUUCAGCCCCGACAUCGACUGCUCCAAGGUACACUAAGAUCCAUCCAGAGACAUAUGGGAUGCGAGAUUUAAAAACAUAUACCAUAUACUAUAUAUUAAAAUAAAUAUGGAAAACCAUGUUUUCCCUUGUGUUGUCUUUUGUUAUAUGUACUGUCAUCGUUAUGCUAUAAGCUUUGGAGUUGCCGUCCA